UCCUUCUUUUCAGUGGUACACUGACCAGAACCAUGGGAUUCCAGGACUUUCCAGCAAACAUCUCUACACACAUAUGACCCACUUCCUCAAACAAUGUUUUUCUUUGUCAGAAUAAGUAGGCUACUCAGAGAAUGCUAAGCCAUCUGAUAUAUCUCUGAGAGAAUGCCACGAUAGCAGUGCCCAGAUUGUAUCAUAUUCAGGGAACAGAGAUAUGAGCAAAAGGCUUAUCUUGUAUAAACCUGUAAACCAUGGUUUGAAACCCAAUUUACAAUGGAAGUCUGGCAUACAGAUCUCCAUUGGAUAAGGAACUGUCAGCAAUGAUGCACUCUGGUAAUGCUUACUAGAGCUGAACAGUAUAUAUAUAAGUCUGUGCAAAAGAGGCAGCUAGGCAGAUCUCAGGAUCCUCAAGGCUUUCCAUAGUUCCAGAAGAGAGAAUAGCAGAUCUUUCUACAACUGCUGCAUAUCACUUCAAAAUAUAAAAGGCAAUGAAAAUGAAAAGUAUUUAUUUUAUUGCUGGACUCUUUUUAAUGAUAGUUCAAGGCAGCUGGCAAAAUCCUCUUCAGGAUACAGAGGAGAAAUCAAGAUCAUUCAAAGCUUCCCAGUCUGAACCAUUAGAUGAAUCUAGGCAGCUGAAUGAAGUAAAGCGUCAUUCACAAGGCACGUUCACCAGUGACUACAGCAAAUACUUGGACAGCAGACGAGCUCAGGAUUUUGUGCAAUGGUUAAUGAGCACUAAAAGAAAUGGCCAACAAGGACAGGAGGACAAAGAGAAUGAUGAAUUCCCGGACCAGCUAUCAAGCAAUGCAAUUUCCAAGCGUCAUUCUGAAUUUGAGAGACAUGCUGAAGGCACCUACACCAGUGAUAUCACCUCUUAUUUGGAAGGCCAAGCUGCCAAAGAAUUCAUCGCUUGGUUAGUGAAUGGACGAGGAAGAAGAGAUUUCCCAGAAAAAGCUUUAAUGGCUGAAGAAAUGGGCCGAAGACACGCAGAUGGCACUUUCACAAGUGAUAUCAACAAAAUCCUGGAUGAUAUGGCUGCCAAAGAGUUCCUAAAAUGGCUGAUUAACACAAAAGUUACCCAAAGAGACCUUCUGGGAGAAUAUCAGUAAGAAUGCAGGAUAAAAAUGGGAUAAAUGAAGAUCUUCACUGCCUGAAUUGCCAGCUAUGAAGAGAUUCUGGAAUCUAUAUUGUCAUUUACAUUGGGUGUAACAAAGCUAUGUCACCUUGCAUGCCAGGAAAUAAUUGUAGUUUCAUUUAAUGUUGCCAAAGGAUUAUAUAUGGAAUACCUAUUAUCUAAGGGGUGGUUAUCAAAAUAGCUUUAAGAUUAUGAAAGUUCCACUUCUUUAUAUUUUCCACGUAUUUGGACUGAAAUAACUCCAUUUAUAUUUACUUAUGAAAUUAUUUUUCUAAAAAUUGAUUUAUGCACGCAAAUGAUUCAAUCACCAGUUAUUAUGUAGGGGUUGGCAGCUGCAAAUGUCUGAAAAGUGAAUAUCCCUGUUGAAACCUUUGUUAUAAAAAGGCUAAGCUUUAAGGAUAUUAAAUAAUAGCCUUAUAAAUAAAUUUUUUCAAGCUUCUUUUCUGUUGA